AUGUUUGCUGUAUCUUUGUCAUGCUUUGCUACUCCGGACGUUGAAAUAGCGAGGGAGGAUGAUCUGGCGGGAACAGGUUUGGCCGAGCGAGCAACGACGAAUACGACUACACCGAUCGUCUUCGCCCAUCACAUCGUCGGCAAUACUUAUAACUACACGACAAGUAUUUGGGCCAAAGACAUUGCGCUGGCUGCAUCCAAGGGGAUCAGCGCUUUCGCUCUCAACGUUGGAAGCGACUCCUGGGAGCCCCAGCAGGUCGCGAACGCGUAUGCAGCCGCAAAGUCCAACAACACGAAUUUCAAGCUCUUCGUCUCGCUCGAUAUGACAUCCCUCCCUUGCUCGAGCGCGAGCAAUAUUGCCUCCGUGCAGAGUUACAUCAAGAGCUAUGCUUCGCACCCUAACCAGUUCCUGUACAACGGAAAAGUGUUCCUGUCGACGUUCUCGGGAGAGUCGUGCAAGUUCGGGGCGUCGAGCGUUAAUCAGGGCUGGAUUAAUGCGGUGAAGACUAACGUGCCGUCGGUCUAUUUCGUCCCGUCGUUCUUUGUUGCUCCGAAUACAUUCUCAACGUAUUCGGUGAUUGAUGGGAUGUUCAACUGGAACUCCGGCUGGCCGAUGGGUAACUACAGUAGCAAUUUCACAUCUGAUGCGCAAUAUAUCUCUGCGCUUGGCUCCAAAUCUUAUAUGGCUGCACAAUCACCGUGGUUCUUCACGCACUACGGUGUAAAUUCCUACAACAAGAACUUUAUCUAUCGCGGGGAUGACUGGCUCUUCUCCCAGCGGUGGGAAACUCUCAUCGCGAACCGCACAAAGGUUCCAUUCACGGAAGUGGUCUCGUGGAACGACUAUGGAGAAUCACACUACAUAGGCCCCAUUGAGGGCCAGCAACCGAAUUCGCAGGCAUGGGUCAACGGUUUUGAUCACCAAGGCUGGUUUGACCUCAUGACCUAUUACAUCACUGCAUACCAGACGGGCAAGUACCCAACCAUCUCCAAGGACCGCGUCUUCCUUUGGGCGCGACUCUACCCCGUCAACGCCACGGCACCUUUGGACACUGUUGGGAAACCCACAAAUUACCAAUUGACACAGGAUUACCUCUGGGGAGUUACCCUGCUCAUGUCGCCGGCGAACGUCACACUAUCUUGCGGAUCCACGACCAAUAAGACCCUCGCCCCGGCUGGAUUGACGAAGUUUAAACUCCCACUCUCCACCAACUGCUCUGUCACUGCCGUGGUGGUGCGGGGGACGAACACGACGGUGAAUUUCGCACCGCCGAGUUUCAAGUUCAACACCAAGCCGCCGUCGUACAAUUUCAACGCGUUUGUUGCUGCUUCCCCGUAG